UAUAGCCCACUUAUAUAUUAAUCUGAUUGGAAUCUUCACCUCUUCAUUAAAGAGUUUCAAUCCCACUUUUUUUCUCCUGUUUUUACCAAUAAGACGGGUGGUUGAGUCAUUUCCUUUUCUCUCUUCUUCUUUUAUCCCAUCAUUUGAAGAUUACAGGUCCUUGGUUUUUCCUUUCAGAUUUCAUGCUAUAACAUUUAAUCUAAAUACUGAAUUUACUGAUGGGGUCUGAAGGGCCUCCUGCUGUAACAAUCCAUGUGACAGGAUUUAAGAAAUUCCAUGGAGUUUCAGAGAAUCCAACUGAAACUAUUGUCAGUAAUCUCAAUGAGUACAUGAAGAAGAAGGGUUUGCCAAAAGGUGUCAUACUGGGGAGCUGUAGCGUUCUAGAAACUGCAGGACACGGAGCAAUUGUGCCCUUGUACCAGACAUUUCAAAAUGCCCUUAAAACAAACAACUCUGAAUCAUCAAAUUCUGGGAGAGUUAUUUGGCUACACUUUGGGGUUAAUAGUGGAGCAACAAAAUUUGCCAUUGAGAAUCAAGCUGUCAAUGAAGCUACUUUUCGGUGUCCUGAUGAGAUGGGAUGGAAACCACAGAAAAUACCCAUUAUUCUUUCAGAUGGUGGAAUUUCACGAGUGCGAGAGACAACUCUUCCUGCUGAGGAGAUUACGAAGGCUUUGGCGAAGAAAGGUUAUGAUGUGACGACUUCUGAUGAUGCUGGUCGGUUUGUCUGCAAUUAUGUUUACUACCACUCUCUCCGCUAUGCAGAGCAAAAUGGAAUACAAUCGCUCUUUGUGCAUGUACCUCUCUUCUCGACCAUAGAUGAGGAGACCCAAAUGCAAUUUGCUGCUUCCUUGUUGGAGGUACUUGCUUCUUUAAACUAGUAAUCUAUUGGCAUCCAUUUCCAUCAUAUUUAUGUUGAGGGGCGUAAAAGCUUGUAAUGUCGCCAACCAUGUUUCUGAAAAUGGAUGGAUGGAUGGAUGGAUGCUUGUAUUGAAAUGGUUCAAUAAACAGAUGAGUGUAUUUGAAUGAAAGAAAAAUGUGCUUGUGAUGGAUAUUGCUUCUUCUGGACUUCCCUUGGCCUUUUAUCAAAAGGUUUUGGCCAAUCUUUAAAAGGUUCUUGGAAUCUUCUGUUAAUAUGUGAAUAAAAUCUGCUUGCUAUUAUCUUUA